GAGAAGCCAUGAAAAAGAGUUUUUCCGUUUUUCAGAAUAUUUUAUAUAUAAGUGAUGUGUCAGUAUAAAAAGUGCUCUUUUAAAUAGAAGAAGUCAGGAUUGUAUAGUUCAAGGCACUUUGUGAAUUUUCGAGUAACUUUAAUCUUGGUGUUACCAUGGGAACAAUCAUGUUCUUGAUGGUCACGGUCCUGUCUUUCUUGAACAUGCUGAUGUUAGUGAAUGCAGAGUGCGAUUGUGGAUGGAAACAAGGGAUGAGAAUUGUAGGAGGCCAAGAAACAGGAGUUAACGAAUAUCCCUUUAUGUCUGCACUUGUUGAUACAGAAUUGGACACUUUGUAUUGUGGGGCUAGCAUAAUAUCAGAACGAUACGCUUUAACUGCAGCUCAUUGUGUGGUACACAAAAAGGUAGAAAACAUAGUGUUAUUGGUUGGUGAACACAACGUUACUACAGGUGCUGAUACUCCUUAUUCAAAAAACUACGAUUUGGAUAAAUUCAUAAUCAAUCCUGAUUGGGAUGCCAAAAAACAAAAAAAUGAUAUAGCAUUGUUGAAAACAAAAUUAGAUAUAGAAUUCAGUGUCUACGUCGGUCCAGUCUGUUUACCUUUCAAAAACAGCGAUAACAAUUUCGAUUAUGAGCUUGUGACACUUUUAGGGUGGGGCUUAAAUUCAACAUAUGGUGUCAAGUCAGACGUACUUAAGGAGACCACUGUGAUGAUCCUCCCAAACGAUUAUUGUUACAAAUUUUACCAAAAACUAGAUACACGUCAAAUGUGUGCUUAUGGUGAUGACACGGAUUCUUGUAAUGUUGAUUCUGGAGGUCCCUUGAUUUGGUGGGAUAACAGUACGAGAAGACUGCAAGUGGUGGGUUUGAUAUCAGCUGGUAGAGACUGUGCCGGACAUAUGCCUUCUAUUAAUGUGAGGGUCACUUCUUAUCUUUCUUGGAUAGUUAGCAGUACUCCAGAUGUGAAUUAUUGCAAACGAUAGUCAUCCUAGCUUCCAGAUUAGACCUUCUCAUACCUUCUCAAUCAUGUUUGAAGAUGUAAUGAUAAUUUUCAUUUAUUUCAUUGUGGAAAACUAAGUAUUCUUAUUCAUUCAAAUUGUGUCAAAUUUUCCUAAAUGAAUUAAAAAAUGUUGAUAUA